UAUAGUGAUUAUAAAAUUCGUAACUUCUGCAGAAGUGAAGAUACCGUAAAGUGGGAUGUCUUGGGCAGGUGGUACCGGGGCGUCUGGCUCCACUUUCAGACUUCAUAAAAGUAGCGGCGGAUCAUGGGGCCGCAACACCAGAGGUCGGGCCGGCCGAGGUCGCGGGGGCGGCGGUGGCGCGAACCUCCUUCCCGGUUCCGGCGGCGUCGCCCCCGCGCUCCAGGCGAGUCAGUAUCCACCGGGGCUACAGGGUGUCGGGCCCGGACUGCGCGAGGUCGUCAACAUCUUAGGGGAGCGCAACCAGGUCGGCACACUCACGGGUAUCGGCCCGCCUCCUGGCGCAUCCGAGAACGAGGCCACCUCCGACGAGGAGGAAGCGGAACUCAAGAGACCGCCAAAACCACUCUACCGGAGGCUCAUUAACUACAUGCGGCAGGCUUGGACAGGUGUUAAAUUUGCUCUAGAUUCUGAAUAUAAGGAGGAACAAGUGCCAAGAUACAGGCCAGAUUCACUUGCGAGUCUUUGUCGGGCGACACGUUUUACUGAAGCGGAAAUGAAGCGGAUAUAUCGAGGCUUUAAAGCCCAAUGUCCCACAGGAGUCGUAUGCGAGGAGAACUUCAAAAUCAUUUACUCGCAGUUUUUCCCACAAGGAGCAAACACAAGCCAAUAUGCCCACUACGUCUUCAACACCCUGGAUCACGAUCACAGCGGAAUCCUCAGCUUUGAGGUGAGUCCAAUUCUUUUCUAUUCUUCUAUCGCAACAUCUCCUCGGAGAACUCCCUUUCAAAUUCCCCGGUGGGCAAUAUUGUGGAAAUGA